UCAUAUCAAUUUUAGCGAAAUAAAAGUGAAAUUUCAACAGUUGCCUAUCGUUGUUUAACCGAACAUCGCACGAACACACUAAUUUUCUUAUUUUAUAUCUGAACUGAAGUCGUUUGAAUUGUUGAAAAUCAGUUAUUUUGGUACCGUCCAAAUGAUACAAGAAAAAUAAAACAACAGUGAUCUAAGUUUUUCACUUGAUCAGGACCAAACCGUGAAAAGAUAUAUUUCUUUCUUUUGACAUAGAAUCAAGUGUGGUUAAGUGAAUGACUUUGAUUAAAGAAAAUUAAAGAGAGAAAAAAAAGUUGACAAUCAAAUUAAAAGAAAUUUACAGAUUUAGAAUGAACUCAAUAUGGAUAAUAACAAUUUAAACAGCAGAUCCACCAACGGUAAUAUUAACAAUUAUCAAUAUAAAUAACAAGUAUACGACAAGUCGCUGAAAUUGUGUAACAUUGAUAAGAGUGCUAAACUAGAAUCAUUGUUGAGUGAAUCGUGAAACGAAAAUAAGUGAAUUAACUCGGAGAGAAAGAAAAAGACGAACAGUGUAAGUUUAAAACAGCCAGGGAUUUAAAACAGCCUCCCAACAACUAUCUAACGACAAAGAAUAAUAUGCCUGCAAUUUCGACACGUUUCCCAACGACGACGACAACGAGAAAUACUUAUUUACCUUCGAGCACAGUUGAUUCGUAUCGAAAAUCGACUUAUUCGAGCAGCAUUAGUGGUUCGGGCGCUCUCGUCGACAUACCGUCAUCGUUUCGUCGAUCGAGCUUCAUUGGAUCCUAUCGAAGUGUUAACGGAGAUGAUACAUCAACAACAUCCAGAUCUGGAGUAAGUACACGAUACACGUCCACCACCAUACCAUCAACAAUCAGUACAUCGUUCACACGUAAAAGCAUUGAUCGAAAACCACCAAUUGGAACUCGCAUUCGAUCCGAAAGUCGUUUCCGUGAUCUAUCAUUGGACAAUGGCUAUACCAAAUCAUCAACCAUAAAAAACACUCUCGAUUCAUCACAAUCACUGACCAGUUCGAAACGUUUGUCCACCACCACAUCAUUAGCACGAUCAAUAGCAACGUCUGGUGCCGAUCUAUACGAUAAAUACAGUGUUGCCAAUUAUAAACCAAGUUGUGAAUUGUCACGUUCUAGAUCGCAGUCAGCACUAAUUGACUCACUUAAUGCAAAUCACCAUUCAAGCACAAGACGAUCCUCUUCAAAGGAUCGCACCACAAGCGGUUCGCUUUUAGCUGGCAGUGUUAGCGAUAAGGACUAUCUAUGGAAGCGAUCAACAUCGCCGAUUAGCGCAAGUGUAAAGGUAAAUUAAGAUUAAGUGUGUCGGUUUUAUGCACAGUGUUUUAUGAUGUCAAAUUCCGUUUUUUGUCUGCUUGAGUAUUUGACAUCUUUCCCUUCCCCGCGAAAUGAUAAUCACGUUUCUUUGUGACAUUACCAUAUUCAAUCAUAUCAACAUUGCUAUGCAGAGUUCGUACAUUUUGAAUUCAACAUAUACAUAAUAUAAAAUAUAUGUUGUGUGAACAAAUGUUCAAUCGAAAACUCUUAUAAAUUGAGCCAUAUUACAUUUGCCAGAUUGAAUGAGCUAAAAUAAAAACUUAGCUUGAUAUAAGCCUAUAUAAUUAAUUUCUAAAAGUGGAACACAACGUUUUUUAAAAACGGUACACAACGUUUUUGUACAAUUGCAUUUAAAAAAUAAUCAUAGCGGACGGCAGUACGCGCGAGUGACGAAACCACAUUAGUGU